CGGCGGCACAGGGGCCAGAGUCGGGGAGUGAAGCCGCCGAGCGCCGUCUGUUCUCCGCCUGCCCGCCCAUGGCUCCCGCUCCCCCUCUGAUGCCCCUGUGGCUCCUGGUGUUCGUCGGCGCGGCGGCUAGCCGGGAAUGGCAGGUGAUCGAUUUCAUGUCCGUGCGCAACGUGUUGCAGGAGGCUGCGGCGGUGGAGAAGCUGGCCACGGAGAUCCUGACGGUGGACGAACUCUCUCUGGCGUCCACGUUCAAAUUACCUCCCGGACAGGAUGCCGUUCUGCUGGGCUUCUACGCCAAGGGAGACAACUCCCUAUACUUGGAGGUGAUGGGAAAGAUGAACGGAGUGCGCGUCCAGUACCUGAGGGAAGAUGGGAAGAGCCAGUCUGUGAGCCUGCAGAACGCAGAACUGGCCGAUGGGAAAUCUCACUCCAUCAUCCUGAGGUUCAGUGAGCUGCAGAGCAGCCAGACCAACGUGGAGCUGUACGUUGACUGUCGACGGGUGGACUCCAGCUCUGACCUCCCGCCCAUGGCCACCAUCCCCACCGAGGCAUCCGACACGGUCCAGGUGCGAGCUGAUGAGGCAUUCGGACGGCAGCAGGGCUCAUUGGAGGAGCUGAAGCUGAUUCUCGGAGGGACGUUGACCCAGGUUGGAGCACUGCAGGGUUGCCCGCUUCAGGGUGAUGACACGCUAAGGAGCAGGGCGAUCGAUCUCAUAGCCGCACGCAGUCUGAUGCAGGAGGCACCGGCGCUGGAGAAACUGGCCGCGCAGAUCCCGUCGGUGAACGAGCUCACCCUGCUGUCUACGUUCAGCCUCCCGCCCGGACAGAGCGGGAUCCUGGUGGGCGUUUACGACAAGAGCAACAGCACGCGGUACCUGGAGGUGUCCGUGAAGGGAAAGAUCCACAGAGUGCUUCUCCGCUACCUGAGGGAAGACGGGAAGACCCAGUCCGUGAGCCUGCAGAACGCAGAGCUGGCCGACGGGAAGUCUCACUCCAUCGUCCUGAGGUUCAGUGGACUGCAGCAGGGCCGGCUCACCGUGGAGCUGUACGUUGACUGCCGAAGGGUGGACUCCAGUGUGGGCCUUCCAGCCAUGGUCAACAUCCCCUCCGCAGCAGCCAAUAUGAUCCACACCAGGACCAGUAAGACGUUCACACAGCCGCAGGGUUCAUUGGAAGAGCUGAAGCUGAUUCUCGGAGGGACAUUCAGCCAGGCCGGAGCACUGCAGGACUGUCUGCUUCAGGGCGAUGACACGCUGAGGAACACAGUGGUCGAUUUUAUGUCCGUGCGCAACGUGAUGCAGGAGGCUACCGCAGUGGAGAAGCUGGCCACGGAGAUCUUGACGGUGGACGAGCUCUUCCUGGUGUCCACGUUCCACUUGCCGCCGGCGCAGGGUGGCAUCCUGCUGGGCUUCUACGCCAAGAGCGACAACUCGCGCUACCUGGAGGUGUCCGUGAUGGGAAAGAUCAACAGAGUGCUUCUCCGCUACCUGAGGGAAGAUGGGAAGACCCAUUCUGUGAGCCUGCAGAACGCGCGGCUGGCUGAUGGGAAGUCUCACUCCAUCAUCCUGAGGUUCAGCGGGCUGCAGACCAACCGGCUCACUGCAGAACUGUACGUUGACUGCCAACGGGUGGACUCCAGUGCGGGGCUUCCAGCCGUGGCCCCCAUCCCCUCCGAGGCGACGGGCACCGUCCACACCAGGACCAGCAAAGUAUUCGGGCGGCAGCAGGGCUCACUGGAGGAGCUGAAGCUGAUUUUCGGAGGGACGCUGACCCAGGUUGGAGCACUGCAGGGUUGCCUGCUUCAGGGCGAUGACACGCUAAAGAACACAGUGAAUGAUGCAAAUUCCAUCUUGGGUGACCAGUUGAAGGCCCUGGUCAGUCAGUUGUCCCUUUUCAACCAGGCUCUCCGCGACUUGAGGCAGGACAUCAGGGAGCAGGUGAAGGAAAUGUCGCUGAUCCGGAACACCAUCCUGGAAUGUCAAGUCUGCGGCUUCCACGAACAUCGCUCCAAGUGCGAUCCCAACCCUUGCUUCGAAAGCGUGGCAUGUAUGGAAACGUACGAGUACCCAGGUUACCGCUGUGGACCGUGUCCCGAGGGUUUCGUGGGGAACGGCUCACACUGCACUGACAUUGACGAGUGCGCCUUUGCCAACCCUUGCUUCUCCGGAUCCAAAUGCAUAAACGCAGUACCGGGAUUCCGGUGCGAGCAGUGUCCCACGGGAUACAGGGGUAACAUCGUCGCCGGUGUGGGAGUGGACAGUGCAAAGACCAUGAAACAGGUCUGCCUGGAUAUCGAUGAAUGCAACGACGGCAACAAUGGAGGCUGCACGACCAACUCGGUCUGCACAAACACCGUGGGCUCCUUCGAGUGCGGUCCCUGCCGGAUUGGGUUUGUUGGGAACCAGACUGUGGGCUGCCUUCAGCUGAAGUCCUGCAGCAGCGCCAGCGUCAACCCGUGCGAUGUGAACGCUCAGUGCACCAUUGAGAGGAAUGGAGAAGCUUCCUGCCAUUGCAAAGUCGGCUGGGCUGGCAAUGGCUACGUGUGUGGCCCAGACACAGACAUCGACGGUUACCCUGACCGUGACCUGCCCUGCAUCGACAACCACCGUCACUGCAAUAAGGAUAACUGCCAGUACACACCGAACUCUGGGCAGGAGGAUGCAGACAAGGACGGCGUGGGAGAUCAGUGCGACGACGACGCGGAUGGAGACGGCAUCAAGAACGUGCAGGAUAACUGCCGACUGGUCCCACAACAAGGACCAGCAGAGACUCCGACCACGGAUUCGUUGGGGGACGCCUGUGACCACUGUCCCAACGUUCCCAACAACAGUCAGAGGGACACGGACAACAACGGGGAGGGGGACGCCUGUGACACUGACAUUGAUGGAGAUGGAAUUCCCAACAGCUUGGAUAACUGUGGAGCCGUCCCGAACCCUCUGCAGACGGACCGGGAUGGAGAUGGAGUCGGCGACGCGUGCGACAGCUGUCCCGAAAUGAGUAACCCCACCCAGACAGACGCAGACGAUGACCUUGUUGGUGAUGCAUGUGACAGUAAUCAGGACAGCGAUGGCGACGGGCACCAGGACUCCAAGGACAACUGCCCGGAGACUCCCAACAGCUCCCAGCUGGACUCGGACAAUGAUGGCCUGGGCGACGAGUGCGACGAGGACGACGACAACGACGGGAUUCCGGACUACGGAGCAUUGGGGCCAGACAACUGCCGUCUGAUCGCCAACCCCAACCAGAAGGACUCUGAUGGUAAUGGGGUUGGCGACGUCUGUGAGAACGACUUUGAUAACGACACAGUGUUUGACGAGUUCGACGUGUGUCCUGAGAGUGCGGAGGUCACCCUGACUGACUUCCGGGCCUAUCAGACGGUUGUCCUGGACCCCGAAGGUGAUGCACAGAUUGACCCCAACUGGGUGGUCCUAAACCAGGGGAUGGAGAUCGUGCAGACAAUGAACAGUGACCCUGGAUUAGCUGUCGGGUACACGGCCUUCAAUGGGGUGGACUUCGAGGGCACCUUCCACGUCAACACGGUGACCGACGACGACUACGCCGGCUUUAUCUUCGGCUACCAGGACAGCUCCAGCUUCUAUGUGGUGAUGUGGAAGCAGACGGAACAGACGUACUGGCAGCCCACCCCGUUCCGAGCAGUGGCUGAGCCGGCCCUUCAACUCAAGGCGGUGAAGUCAAAGAGCGGCCCCGGGGAGCACUUACGGAACGCACUGUGGAAUACCGAGUCCACCCCCGACCAGGUGACCCUGCUGUGGAAGGACCCCCGCGACGCUGGCUGGAAGGACAAGACCUCAUACCGCUGGCACCUGGUACACCGGCCACAGGUGGGCUACAUCAGAGUGAAGCUGUAUGAAGGGCCCAACCUUGUGGCUGAUUCCGGUGUCACGAUUGACACGACCAUGCGCGGGGGGCGCCUCGGGGUCUUCUGCUUCUCCCAGGAGAACAUCAUCUGGUCCAACCUGCGCUACAGAUGUAACGACACGAUUCCUGACGACUUUGAGCCAUUUCGCAAGCUCUUGCAACUCGGACUGUGAGCAGCCCGGAGAGAAUGGGGAGGCUGACGCCGUCAAGGAUCCGUGUACGAGAGCAGAGAAGCCCGCCUCAAGAACAGAUUAUCAAAACACUAAAAUCAUUUAUAAGAAGAUAACAGGACCGUUUGGGUUCACAAAGGAUCCGGUAACAAUUGGCCUGGACUCGUGGGUGAAGCAGAGACUUGACCUGUCCCCACCUCAGGACAUCCCACACUGCCAGUGAGGACUUUAGCUGUGUGGUCACUGCUGUAAUGUAGGAAACACGACAGCCUGUUCGCUCCUACACAGAAGAAUGUGAUGAUGUUAUUGAGUGGGUAAUAAAUCCAGUCCCAGGAGAGUGGGGUGAGAGGCUCCUCUCGA